AUGGCUUGGGAAUAUCUUGGUCUAAUUUCCACUUUUUUCUUCCAGGGACAGAAAUCUUGGAUAGAAAAAACCUUUUGCAAACAAGAAUGUAUCUUUGUAAUUCCCAGCACUAAAGAUCCUAACAGGUGUUGCUGUGGCCAGCUCACCAACCAGCAUAUCCCCCCUCUGCCGAGUGUAACAGCCAGCAAAAAUGGAGAGGAGAACAAGCAGGUGGAGACUCAGCCUGAAAAAUGGUCUGUUGGCAAACACACCCAGAGCUACCCAACAGAUUCCUACGGGGUUCUUGAAUUCCAGGGUGGCGGAUACUCCAACAAAGCCAUGUAUAUACGGGUCUCCUAUGACACGAAGCCAGAUUCACUGCUUCAUCUCAUGGUGAGAGACUGGCAGCUGGAACUCCCCAAGCUCUUAAUAUCCGUGCACGGAGGCCUCCAGAACUUUGAGAUGCAGCCCAAGCUGAAGCAGGUCUUUGGGAAAGGUCUGAUCAAGGCUGCUGUGACCACUGGGGCCUGGAUCUUCACUGGGGGCAUCAGCACAGGUGUAAUCAGCCAUGUGGGGGAUGCCUUGAAAGACCACUCCUCCAAGUCCAGAGGCCGGGUUUGUGCUAUAGGAAUUGCUCCCUGGGGCAUCGUGGAGAAUAAAGAAGAUCUGGUUGGAAGGGAUGUGACACGGGUGUACCAGACCAUGUCCAACCCCCUGAGUAAGCUCUCUGUGCUCAACAACUCACACACGCACUUCAUCCUGGCUGACAAUGGCACCCUGGGCAAGUACGGUGCCGAGGUGAUGCUGAGAAGGCAGCUGGAGAAGCACAUCUCUCUGCAGAAGAUCAACACAAGACUGGGGCAGGGUGUGCCCGUCGUGGGCCUCGUGGUGGAAGGGGGCCCGAACGUGGUUUCCAUGGUCCUGGAGUACCUCCGAGAAGAGCCUCCGGUCCCCGUGGUGGUCUGCGACGGCAGUGGCCGGGCCUCGGACAUCCUGUCUUUUGCACACAAGUACUCUGAAGAAGGAGGGGUAAUCAAUGACUCCCUCAGAGACCAGCUUCUAGUUACCAUUCAGAAAACAUUUAAUUACAGCAAGACACAAUCGCAUCAGCUCUUUGUGAUGAUCAUGGAGUGCAUGAAAAAGAAAGAACUUGUCACUGUGUUUAGAAUGGGUUCCGAGGGUCAGCAGGACAUUGAAAUGGCAAUUUUAACCGCCCUGCUGAAAGGCACAAACGCAUCGGCUCGGGACCAGCUGAGCUUGGCGCUGGCUUGGAACCGCGUGGACAUAGCUCGGAGCCAGAUCUUUGUCUUUGGGCCCCGUUGGCCGCCCCUGGGAAGCCUGGCCCCCCCAACGGAUAGCAAGGCCAUGGAGAAGAAGAAGCCACCCACAGCGACCACCAAGGGGGGCAGAGGAAAAGGAAAAGGCAAGAAGAAAGGGAAGGUGAAAGAGGAGGUGGAGGAAGAAACUGACCCCCGGAAGCUCGAGCUGCUGAACUGGGUGAACGCUCUGGAGCAGGCCAUGUUGGACGCGCUGGUCUUAGACCGAGUGGACUUUGUGAAGCUCCUGAUUGAAAAUGGAGUCAACAUGCAGCAUUUUCUCACCAUCCCGAGGCUGGAAGAGCUUUAUAACACCAGACUGGGUCCACCAAACACACUUCAUUUGCUGGUGAGGGAUGUAAAAAAGGGCAACCUUCCACCCGAUUACCACAUCAGCCUCAUAGACAUUGGGCUUGUGCUGGAGUACCUCAUGGGGGGCGCCUACCGCUGCAACUACACAAGGAAGGGCUUCCGGACCCUUUACAACAACCUGUUUGGACCCAAGAGGCCUAAAGCUCUCAAACUUCUGGGAAUGGAAGAUGAUGAGCCUCCAGCCAAAGGGAAGAAAAAGAAGAAGAAAAAAAAAGAGGAGGAGUUGGACAUUGAUGUGGACGACCCCGCCGUGAGUCGAUUCCAGUACCCCUUCCACGAGCUGAUGGUGUGGGCCGUGCUGAUGAAGCGCCAGAAAAUGGCAGUGUUCCUCUGGCAGCGGGGGGAGGAGAGCAUGGCGAAGGCCCUGGUGGCCUGCAAGCUCUACAAGUCCAUGGCCCACGAGUCCUCCGAGAGCGAGCUGGUGGACGACAUCUCCCAGGACCUGGACAACAACUCCAAAGACUUUGGCCAGCUUGCUGUGGAGCUCUUGGACCAGUCCUACAAGCAUGACGAGCAGAUCGCCAUGAAACUGCUGACCUAUGAGCUGAAAAACUGGAGCAACUCGACCUGCCUCAAACUGGCUGUCGCAGCCAAACAUCGGGACUUCAUUGCCCACACCUGCAGCCAGAUGCUGCUGACUGACAUGUGGAUGGGAAGGCUGCGGAUGAGGAAAAACCCUGGCCUGAAGGUUAUCAUGGGGAUUCUUCUCCCCCCAACCAUCUUGUUUUUGGAAUUUCGCACCUGUGAUGACUUCUCAUAUCAAACAUCCAAGGAAAAUGAAGAGGGCAAAGAAAAAGAGGAGGAGAAUGUGGAUGCGAAUGCAGACACUGGCUCGAGAAAGGGGGAUGAGGAGAACGAACAAAAAAAGCAAAGAAGUGUUCCCAUCGGGACCAAGAUCUGCGAAUUCUACAACGCUCCUAUUGUCAAGUUCUGGUUUUACACGAUAUCUUACCUGGGUUACCUACUGCUGUUCAACUACGUCAUCCUGGUGCGGAUGGAGCGCUGGCCCUGCCUCCAGGAGUGGAUCGUCAUCUCCUACAUCGUGAGCCUGGCCCUGGAGAAAAUUCGGGAGAUCCUCAUGUCAGAACCCGGUAAACUCAGCCAGAAAAUAAAAGUUUGGCUUCAGGAAUAUUGGAACAUCACAGACCUCGUGGCCAUUUCCAUGUUCAUGAUUGGAGCCAUCCUGCGCCUACAGAAGCAGCCCUACAUGGGCUAUGGCCGCGUGAUCUACUGCGUGGAUAUCAUCUUCUGGUACAUCCGUGUCCUGGACAUCUUUGGUGUCAACAAGUAUCUGGGACCCUACGUGAUGAUGAUCGGAAAAAUGAUGAUUGACAUGCUGUAUUUUGUGGUCAUCAUGCUGGUGGUGUUGAUGAGUUUUGGAGUAGCCCGUCAAGCCAUUUUGCAUCCAGAUGAGGAGCCUUCUUGGAAACUGGCCCGAAACAUCUUCUACAUGCCCUACUGGAUGAUCUAUGGAGAGGUGUUUGCAGACCAGAUAGACCCUCCUUGUGGUGACAACCAGUAUGAUGAGGAGGGCAAGCGGCUCCCUCCCUGCAUCCCGGGCGCCUGGCUCACGCCCGCCAUCAUGGCUUGCUACCUGCUGGUGGCCAACAUCCUGCUCGUGAACUUGCUCAUCGCUGUUUUCAACAAUACCUUCUUUGAAGUAAAGUCAAUAUCCAACCAAGUGUGGAAAUUCCAGCGUUAUCAGCUGAUUAUGACAUUUCAUGACCGGCCAGUCUUGCCUCCACCAAUGAUCAUUUUAAGCCAUGUCUAUAUAAUCAUUAUGCGUCUCAGCCGCCACUGCAGGAAAAAAAGAGAAGGGGACCAAGACGAACAGGAUCGUGGAUUGAAGCUGUUUCUCAGCGAGGAGGAGCUGAAGAGGCUGCACGAGUUUGAGGAGCAGUGUGUCCGGGAGCAUUUCCAGGAGAAGGAAGACGAGCAGCAGUCAUCCAGCGAGGAGCGCAUCCGCGUCACCUGUGAGAGAGUUGAAAAUAUGUCCAUGAGGUUGGAAGAAAUCAACGAAAGAGAAAACUUUAUGAAAACUUCCCUACAGACUGUUGACCUUCGCCUUUCCCAACUGGAAGAACUAUCUAGCAGAAUGGUGAAUGCGCUGGAAAACCUCGCAGGAAUCGACAAGUCCUACCUGAUGCAGACUCGGUCCCGGGCUUCUUCUGAAUGCGAUGCAACGUACCUUCUAAGGCAAAGCAGCAUCAACAGUGCCGAUGGCUACAGCAUGUACAGGUAUCUUUUCAACGGGGAGGAGUUGUUGUAUGAGGAUACUUCCCUCUGCAUGCCACCUGGGACGGGGUUCAGGAAAAAAGUUGGUUCCUUCCGUGUGAAGGAAGAGAAGGACCAAAGAACACACCUGGUCCGAGAGCGUCAGGGCAGCCUUCGCCUGCCACCCAGCACGAGCGCGCCAGCAUCCCCAGAUGGCGAUCGACUUGCAUCAGACAACGUGAAGAGCACCUCAGAGCCGAAAUUAGGUCCAGAUGUUGGGGUUUCAGCUGAAGAUGAUGAAAGGCAGGCAGACUCUAAGAGAGGAGAAACGAGCUCCCCAAGUUUCAGUCAAACAGAUAUUAUGCACGGACAGAACAAGUCGGAUUUUCAAAGCACUCAGCUAACAGUGGAAACAACGAAGACAGAAGGCACCAUUUCUUAUCCCCUGGAAGAAACAAAACUGACCCGUUAUUACCCUGAUGAGACGUUCAGUGCUUGUAAAGCAAUGAAGUCCAGAAGCUUUGUAUGUUCCCGGGGAAGAAAGCUGGUCAGCGGGGUUAACAAGUGGAGUGCAGUUGGGGACCAAACAUGCCCCUCCACAGUUCAGCAAUGGACCACAGAGUGGAGGUAUCAAGUUCAAAAGAUUAUGCGUUCUCAGAGCACAGAUAUCCCUUCCUUUGGGUCUGAAACGGCAGUGCAGGCCGAGCAUCAGGGGCGUUUCACAGACACCGAAGAUGAAAACUGUGUUUCUGAAACAGGCCCUCAGAUCUCCCAUUUGUCACUAGCUGUUACUGACAGAACUGACAAGGAAAACUUACUGUCUGUGAAAACACACCAAACUUUGGGAUUCCCAUCUUUAAGGUCAAAAAGUUUACAUGGCCAUCCUAGGAAUGCUAAAGCCAUUCAGGGCACCUUAGACAGAUCUGGACAUGCCAGCAGUGUAAGUAACUUAGCAGUUGUGUCCAGAAUUACAAUGGAAGACCUGAAAGUUAAGCAAGAGAAAAAUUCCUCAGAAACUGAAUGCUAAUGAGUUUUGUUUUUUUGAUUUUUCAAUCAGAACAACUGAUGAGUCCCAUCUUGAUCAUCUAAACAUCAUCCAUUUCUGAAAUCAUUUUCAUUAAAAACGUUUGACAAUUUGGACUUAUUUAAAAUUUAGAGUUUAAUUUUAGUGCAUUACAAUCUAAAAUGUAAUGCACUAAACUUAACGUUUUGUUAGCAUAUGUUAGUAAACUUAGCUUUUUUAGUUGGAGUAGGAUCAAUGAAAGUGAUAAUGCUCCAGUCACGAUAAAUUGCUUCAUCAGUAUACAGGAUCCUACGAUCUUUGUAUUUCUGGGGGCAACCGAAUAGCCAAAGAAAUGCCUUUGGGUGACACCAGUAGGUUACUUAAGGGAGUAAGCAACUGUGGAAGAAAGGGAAAUGAAAGACAAAGCAAACAUGAAAAAAAAUGGAGGGGUUGGGGAAAAGAACAAUAAAAUUAUGAGGUGCAAGAAGUGAGAAUUGGAAAGGGGAAGUAAACAUCAUGUGUUCUUUAUGGGUUUCUAUUUAUUUUAUGUUUUAAGGUUUUAUGUUUUAAAAUUACACGAUGGGAAAAAAAAGGCCACGAUUAUAUCAAAGGUCACACUGUAAUAGGGUAGGGUGACCAAGAGUUUUGUUAAUGUGUAAAAAAUAAAGUAUCCCACAUGAAUUUUCCUGUUGUCAUCUAGUCCUUGUUGGCAAACAAAUUAAUUGUACUUCUGUCUACACAAUGGUUUGUGUAAAGCUGUGGCUAAAACCUAAAGGAUACAUACACGUUCAAGGUGGAAUUCUCAAGAACUACAAAGAUGAUUCAUGGCUAAAAACACAAGGUGUGCUUCAACUUGUAAGUUCAAUGACACAGCAUCGCCAUAAACUGGCAAGGGGCAAGGGGAGGAGAGAGAGAGAGAGAAAUUAAUUCACUGCAGUUAUGACAAGGGUACUAGUCAGAGACCUCAGGAGACUUGAGAGUUUAAUAGCCAGAUAAGAAUCCCUGAACUGAGCUGGAUUCGAGACUAUUUAAUCAAUCCUGCUACCUGUGUUAUUUGACCCAAGGAUAAACCCAUUCCAUUUGACCUCAUUCCUAAAUCUCUGCUUUGGGUGUCAAGAAAACUUGGAGCCUUUUGCCACAACCUAAAAAAAGGUUUCUCAGAACAAGCUGGAGAACCUCUGACAGCUCGAGAGAGCAGGUCUGAAGAAGGCAAAGCUUUUGUUUGGAAUUCUCCACCUGUCCACUCAUUACACAGGCCCCUUUUCUAGGUCACUCCCCCACCUUGCCUCAGGUGUGGGGCCUG